CAGCACGGGCUGUACUGGCGGUGUACUUACAACUUGCAGGACCUCACAGGUAUUCUAGUGCACACGAUCUGUGCAGUUGCACACUACUAGUCCCAUUAUUCCCUGUAUUACGAUUCCUUCAAAACAGUGCCUGACCGGCAUGCACUUUGCGCGUCAUCCCGGGAAGCCUAACACCUGACGGCCUUACAAAUGAUUCCUCCAUGUCAUUAUGCCGAGCGCUGACGCGGCCUGGCAUCACGGGCAUUGGACUUUGUGCCUUGGGAAUUAUGAAUCUGCUUUUACCAAGCCAAGAGACGCGUAAGUAUCCGACGGGGUGACGCGUAGAGUCAGAUGGCUUACUAUAAAUGAAGACCACGGUUCAGCAUGAUAAUAUCUCCAUAAACUGCACUCCAAGUUACUUCUCUCAAAUUUCAAGCAAUAAUGACUCUACCUGAUGGUUAUGGGUAUGUUCCGAGUUCAUUGAUCACCAUUGGGUGGGUCCUUGUCUGGCAGAGUAUUAUGGUUGGAAGGUACCGCAAGAGGGCAGGGAUCGAGUUUCCUCAACUGUAUGCUGAAAAAGCUGAGGUCAAAGAUUCCGCUGCAGCCCUUCGUUUCAACUGCAUGCAGCGUGCACACCAAAAUACGCUUGAAACGGCACCCGUAGUAUUCGUUUCAACUGUCAUGGCGGGUCUGAAGUACCCUGCUCUAGCUACUGCCAUAUGUGUUGCAUAUUCCUUCGCGCGCAUCGCUUAUACCAUUGGAUACAAGUCGGGCCAACCAAAGAGGCGGGUGUAUGGAAGUAUCGUCAGCAAUUUCUCAGUGCUUGGACUCUUGUCGACUGCUACAUACGUUGCUUACCAGCUCCUUCCUUCGUGUCAAUGACACCAAUCACAUUGUGAAUAAUUUAUCUCAGAGGGACCCAAUUCAUGCAGUUUGCCUCACGAAAAACGAUCAAAUACCAGCACGUUCUUUUGUCAUCAUCCUUUCUGGCAAGCUAAACUAUCUAACGCACGAUUUUAUAAUAACUCACGC